AUGAAUGGACUUCGCGGUGACAAUUUAGGGGACCACAACCUUCCCUUCGAUCAACUUCAAAUUUCAGACGUUCCUGCUAACGAUAAGAUGGAGACAUCAUAUUCCAACUCAAAUGAAAGCAGUCUCUGCACGCCAGAAAAGUCCUCGCGCAAGAAUGUUCUUGUCAAGAUCUCAGCUGUAGCCGACAUUGAAUCCACUUUUGAAGUUGCUGCAUCUCCAGAUUAUGCUUCGCCUUCAGUCUUGAAUAAUUCAUUUGAGGCUAAUUUCCAACAGGAAAGUGGCAAUAAUCGACUCUCGAAACAUGAUCUUUUUGAUCCUGAUGAUUGUACUUGGAACCCCCGACUUCACGUUAGUUGCACUUUUAUCUAUGGAAUUGAUGUACUUAAAGAACGUUUGAAGGCUGCUACUCCCCAUAUUCAGUCCACGGCUGUGAUUACUCUUUGCAUGCUCAGUACAUCGGAGUGGAUCCAUUUUUAUCGCAUGGAAGGAUGCGCGUUAACUCCUAUCUGCGAUUUCUCUGAAAUGGCCACGUUAAGGGCAACGUCUGGUGGUGGAAGACGCUAUCGUUGUCGGUGUUGUCGAAAGAAAUUUCUUCGCAAACGCGAUCUCAAUAGGCAUCAGCACAUCGUCCAUGGGGUUCUGGCCUAUGUCUGCAAAACUCGAGGAUGUACGCAGCGCUUUGAGACAAUGACUGAUCUUGUUAAUCACCGCAGCCGAGUGCACUUCACUAAUCGCACCCCGAGAAACUGCAAACUUUGUAAUCGCAAAUUCGUCACCGAAAAGUCGCUUAUGAUGCAUCUUAGAUGGCACAACUUACGGCCAUUCCGAUGCAAGAAAUGCACAGUAUACUUGCGAACUCCUAAAGAGUGGUCUGAACAUCGGCACAGUGCGUAUGCGGUGGAAAAAGACCAAGCAAAACCGAAAAAUUCGCCCAAAAAUGCAGCUCCGCUUUCAAAGAAGGAGGAAAAAGAAAUACAAGCAGUUCUUUCCAGACUUCCGGCUAUUUUGCCAAAGCCACCUCGUGGUAAUCAUCUCAAAAUUCCCAUUCCGCCAUUCCAUCCUAUUUCCUCUUCUGAUUCUCGUGAACUUCGGCCUUUGAUGCCCGCAUCUUUUGUCAAUUCCUUCCCUGAAGAAAAUUAUGUUCCCAUUUAUUCCUCUCGUCCAUCACCGGCCACUGAUCAUGUCUCCGAACAAAUGGUUCACCCUCCCAUUAACGCAAUCCUUCCACCUCAAUAUCCCCAAGCAAAUUAUGAAAAUAUCUACCCCAUAGAUUCCUCUUAUUACAUUCCACGUAAAGCUACCAUUUUGCCACUUAACUGUUUGCUCUACUCUGCUGCUUUACUCAUUAAUCAAUUGCUCAUUUUAGCUUAUCAGCAUAUUGAGAUUAGUGAUCAGACUAAUAGUGGAUAUGGCGUUCAAAUGGAGACAGAUUUUGGAAUACCCCCAGUGGAAGUGGUCGAUCUCAAUACAUAUCCCGUGGAGAUUACUAGUCCAACGGACAUCAAUUGGUCGAGCUCGGAUUCCUUUGGAGUCGAUCAGAGUCAAAACUGGCUUCAACCGAUAAACCUCUAUGGGGAAGGCCAGCAAGAUGCAGAACUCAUGCAAAUGGUUGAGGAGACACUAAAAGGCGACUUGAACCAAGACCUCUAA